AGACAGAAACAACAGCUCCAACAACUGUUACAAUAACGCCUACAUCAACAGAAACCCCUCUACAACUAGUAUAUCCACUGGUACAACAACACUCACAUCAGCGGAAACACCCUCCACAACUAGUAUAUCCACUGGUACAACAACACCUACAUCAACAGAAACACCCUCUACAACUAGUAUAUCCACUGGUACAACAACACCUACAUCAACAGAAACACCCUCUACAACUAGUAUAUCCACUGGUACAACACCACCUACAUCAACAGAAACACCCUCUACAACUAGUAUAUCCACUGGUACAACAACACCCACAUCAACCGAGACAUUUACAACCACAUCCACCACUACACCAACUACUACUGUGACACAAACCUUUACAGAGACAGAAACAACAGCUCCAACAACUGUUACAAUAACGCCUACAUCAACAGAAACCCCCUCUACAACUAGUAUAUCCACUGGUACAACAACACCCACACCAACAGAAACACCCUCUACAACUAGUAUAUCCACUGGUACAACAAUACCCACAUCAACAGAGACAUUUACAACCACAUCCACCACUACACCAACUACUAUUGUGACACAAACAUUUACAGAGACAGAAACAACAGCUCCAACAACUGUUACAAUAACUCCUACAUCAACAGAAACACCCUCUACAACUAGUUCAACUACAGUUACAACAACACCUCAUGUCUGUGAUUGUGAGUGGUCAAAUUGGAUUGACAGCAACACACCCAGUGAAGAACCCAAAGGAUUCGAAACAGAGUCAAUCACUGUUUUGUGGAAUUCAGCAAAGAUUUCUUGUCAGAGCCCCAGCGACAUUGAAUGUAGGGCAGUAGACUAUCCAGAAAACUCCUUGGAUGAAAUGGGACAAGAAGUAUAUUGCAAUACAUCCUUUGGUUUGAUAUGUUCAAACGAAGACAAUGCAGAUGGCUUGAUACCAUUAUGUCGUAAUUACGAAAUACGUGUAAGAUGUUGUGAAGCUAUGUGUACUACAACCUAUUCUACUGUUACACCCUCAAGUACAACCACCGAAACACCUACGACAAAUUCCAUUACAACAACUGUGGUAUCAACAACACCCACAUCAACAGAGACAUUUACAACCACAUCCACCACUACACCAACUACUACUGUGACACAAACUUUUACAGAGACAGAAACAACAGCUCCAACAACUGUUACAAUAACGCCUACAUCAACAGAAACCCCUACAACUAGUAUAUCCACUGGUACAACAACACUCACAUCAGCGGAAACACCCUCCACAACUAGUAUAUCCACUGGUACAACAACACCUACAUCAACAGAAACACCCUCUACAACUAGUAUAUCCACUGGUACAACAACACCUACAUCAACAGAAACACCCUCUACAACUAGUAUAUCCACUGGUACAACACCACCUACAUCAACAGAAACACCCUCUACAACUAGUAUAUCCACUGGUACAACAACACCCACAUCAACCGAGACAUUUACAACCACAUCCACCACUUCACCAACUACUACUGUGACACAAACCUUUACAGAGACAGAAACAACAGCUCCAACAACUGUUACAAUAACGCCUACAUCAACAGAAACCCCCUCUACAACUAGUAUAUCCACUGGUACAACAACACCCACAUCAACAGAAACACCCUCUACAACUAGUAUAUCCACUGGUACAACAAUACCCACAUCAACAGAGACAUUUACAACCACAUCCACCACUACACCAACUACUAUUGUGACACAAACAUUUACAGAGACAGAAACAACAGCUCCAACAACUGUUACAAUAACUCCUACAUCAACAGAAACACCCUCUACAACUAGUUCAACUACAGUUACAACAACACCUCAUGUCUGUGAUUGUGAGUGGUCAAAUUGGAUUGACAGCAACACACCCAGUGAAGAACCCAAAGGAUUCGAAACAGAGUCAAUCACUGUUUUGUGGAAUUCAGCAAAGAUUUCUUGUCAGAGCCCCAGCGAGAUUGAAUGUAGGGCAGUAGACUAUCCAGAAAACUCCUUGGAUGAAAUGGGACAAGAAGUAUAUUGCAAUACAUCCUUUGGUUUGACAUGUUCAAACGAAGACAAUGCAGAUGGCUUGAUACCAUUAUGUCGUAAUUACGAAAUACGUGUAAGAUGUUGUGAAGCUAUGUGUACUACAACCUAUUCUACUGUUACACCCUCAAGUACAACCACCGAAACACCUACGACAAAUUCCAUUACAACAACUGUGGUAUCAACAACACCCACAUCAACAGAGACAUUUACAACCACAUCCACCACUACACCAACUACUACUGUGACACAAACUUUUACAGAGACAGAAACAACAGCUCCAACAACUGUUACAAUAACGCCAACAUCAACAGAAACACCCUCUACAACUAGUAUAUCCACUGGUACAACAACACCCACAUCAACAGAAACACCCUCUACAAUUAGUAUAUCCACUGGUAUAACAACACUCACAUCAGCAGAAACACCCUCUACAACUAGUAUAUCCACUGGUACAACAAAACCUACAUCAACAGAAACACCCUCUACAACUAGUAUAUCCACUGGUACAACACCACCUACAUCAACAGAAACACCCUCUACAACUAGUAUAUCCACUGGUACAACAACACCCACAUCAACCGAGACAUUUACAACCACAUCCACCACUACACCAACUACUACUGUGACACAAACCUUUACAGAGACAGAAACAACAGCUCCAACAACUGUUACAAUAACGCCUACAUCAACAGAAACCCCCUCUACAACUAGUAUAUCCUCUGGUACAACAACACCCACAUCAACAGAAACACCCUCUACAACUAGUAUAUCCACUGGUACAACAACACCCACAUCAGCAGAGACACCCUCUACAACUAGUAUAUCCACUGGUACAACAAUACCCACAUCAACAGAGACAUUUACAACCACAUCCACCACUACACCAACUACUAUUGUGACACAAACAUUUACAGAGACAGAAACUACAGCUCCAACAACUGUUACAAUAACGCCUACAUCAACAGAAACACCCUCUACAACUAGUAUAUCCACUGGUACAACAACACCCACAUCAGCAGAAACACCCUCUACAACUAGUAUAUCCACUGGUACAACAAUACCCACAUCAACAGAGACAUUUACAACCACAUCCACCACUACACCAACUACUGUUGUGACGCAAACAUUUACAGAGACAGAAACAACAGCUCCAACAACUGUUACAAUAACGCCUACAUCAACAGAAACCCCCUCUUCAACUAGCAUAUCCACUGGUACAACAACACCCACAUCAACAGAGACAUUUACAACCACAUCCACCACUACACCAACUACUGCUGUGACACAAACAUUUACAGAGACAGAAACAACAGCUCCAACAACUGUUACUUAUAUCCACUGGUACAACAAUACCCACAUCAACAGAGACAUUUACAACCACAUCCACCACUACACCAACUACUAUUGUGACACAAACAUUUACAGAGACAGAAACAACAGCUCCAACAACUGUUACAAUAACGCCUACAUCAACAGAAACCCCUCUACAACUAGUAUAUCCACUGGUACAACAACACCCACAUCAACAGAAACCCCCUCUUCAACUAGUAUAUCCACUGGUACAACAACACCCACAUCAACAGAAACCCCCUCUACAACUAGUAUAUCCUCUGGUACAACAACACCCACAUCAACAGAAACACCCUCUUCAACUAGUAUAUCCACUGGUACAACAACACCCACAUCAACAGAAACACCCUCUACAACUAGUAUAUCCACUGGUACAACAAUACCCACAUCAACAGAGACAUUUACAACCACAUCCACCACUACACCAACUACUAUUGUGACACAAACAUUUACAGAGACAGAAACAACAGCUCCAACAACUGUUACAAUAACACCUACAUCAACAGAAACACCCUCUACAACUAGUUCAACUACAGUUACAACAACACCUCAUGUCUGUGAUUGUGAGUGGUCAAAUUGGAUUGACAGCAACACACCCAGUGAAGAACCCAAAGGAUUUGAAACGGAGUCAAUCACUGUUUUGUGGAAUUCAGCAAAGAUUUCUUGUCAGAGCCCAAGCGAGAUUGAAUGUAGGGCAGUAGACUAUCCAGAAAACUCCUUGGAUGAAAUGGGACAAGAAGUAUAUUGCAAUACAUCCUUUGGUUUGACAUGUUCAAACGAAGACAAUGCAGAUGGCUUGAUACCAUUAUGUCGUAAUUACGAAAUACGUGUAAGAUGUUGUGAAGCUAUGUGUACUACAACCUACUCUACUGUUACACCCUCAAGUACAACCACCGAAACACCUACGACAAAUUCCAUUACAACAACUGUGGUAUCAACAACACCCACAUCAACAGAGACAUUUACAACCACAUCCACCACUACACCAACUACUACUGUGACACAAACUUUUACAGAGACAGAAACAACAGCUCCAACAACUGUUACAAUAAUGCCUACAUCAACAGAAACCCCCUCUUCAACUAGUAUAUCCACUGGUACAACAACACCCACAUCAACAGAAACCCCCUCUUCAACUAGUAUAUCCACUGGUACAACAACACCCACAUCAACAGAGACAUUUACAACCACAUCCACCACUACACCAACUACUACUGUGACACAAACAUUUACAGAGACAGAAACAACAGCUCCAACAACUGUUACAAUAACGCCUAUAUCAACAGAAACCCCCUCUUCAACUAGUAUAUCCACUGGUACAACAACACCCACAUCAACAGAAACCCCCUCUUCAACUAGUAUAUCCACUGGUACAACAAUACCCACAUCAACAGAGACAUUUACAACCACAUCCACCACUACACCAACUACUAUUGUGACACAAACAUUUACAGAGACAGAAACAACAGCUCCAACAACUGUUACAAUAACGCCUACAUCAACAGAAACACCCUCUACAACUAGUGUAUCCACUGGUACAACAACACCCACAUCAACAGAAACACCUUCUUCAACUAGUAUAUCCACUGGUACAACAACACCCACAUCAACAGAAACACCCUCUACAACUAGUAUAUCCACUGGUACAACAACACCCACAUCAGCAGAAACACCCUCUACAACUAGUAUAUCCACUGGUACAACAAUACCCACAUCAACAGAGACAUUUACAACCACAUCCACCACUACACCAACUAAUACUGUGACACAAACAUUUAUAGAGACAGAAACAACAGCUCCAACAACUGUUACAAUAACGCCUACAUCAACAGAAACCCCCUCUACAACUAGUAUAUCCACUGGUACAACAACACCCACAUCAACAGAAACCCCCUCUUCAACUAGUAUAUCCACUGGUACAACAACACCCACAUCAGCAGAAACACCCUCUACAACUAGUAUAUCCACUGGUACAACAACACCCACAUCAGCAGAAACACCCUUUACAACUAGUAUAUCCACUGGUACAACAACACCCACAUCAACAGAAACAUCUUUUACAACUGGUUUAACAACACAUUUUACUGUGCAAACUGAGUCAACUGCCGAAACGUCAACAAACAAAACAUCACCCCAAUGUAAAUGUGAAUAUUUAAAUACAACAUUCUCAAUAGGGUCUACAGUCUACAAUAAAACUGACAAAUCGGGUUGGUGCUACAUUGCUUACUGCAAUGACUCUUGUGAUAUUUUGAAAUGGGCUCAACCAUGCCCAACCACUCCAAGUCCAACAGUUUGUCCAAUGCAAUCCUGGGUUGAAGGAUGUCUUAACAAAACCUGCAUAAAUGGCAAGGUCACCUCAAGGCCUGUACAGUGUGACCCAACCGAUUCUUUUGUACCUCAAUGUACCAGUGGACAUAAAGCUGAGAAGGUGUUUUAUAACAAUGGCUGCUGCUCCAAGUAUGAGUGCCCAUGUAUAUGCAAUGGCUGGGGUGACCCUCAUUACAAAACUUUCGAUGGAACAUAUUAUGCUUUCCAAGGAAACUGCACCUAUGUGUUGGUCCAAGAAAUCAUCCCAAGAUACAAUAUCAGUGUCCAUGUUAAAAACUAUUUUUGUGAUUUAAAACAUUAUGCAGCUUGCCCUGAGUAUAUAAUUUUGUAUUACAAAUCCUAUCAAAUCAAGCUGACAAGCAACACUAAAAACGUCCAGGUUUAUGUCAAUGAUGAAAUUAAGAUACCAACAUACGUAAAUGAAGUCCUCACCAUCACCUCUUCCGGCAUGUCAGUGCUUGUGAACAUCUCUGAGAUUAAAGUUGAGAUUUUAGUCUCUCAUGACAGCUAUAGUGUCAAACUCCCGUUCGACUUCUUCCAUAAUAAUACAGAGGGACAGUGUGGGGUUUGUGAUAACAACCAUGCAAAUGACUGCAGACUUCCUAAUGGAACAAUUGACAAAUCGUGUGAGGACAUGGCACAGUUUUGGAUGGUCCCCCCAGGAUGCAAAACCCCUCCACCCCCUCCACCGCCACCUCCUUGCGACACAAAAAUCUGUGAUCUCAUCAAGAGCGAUUUGUUUAAGAACUGCCAUGAUGUUGUUCCUUAUGAAAGUUAUUAUGAGGCAUGUAAAUAUGAUGUGUGCCACAUGCAAAAUGAAUCUGGUGCUUGCUCCAGUAUGGAAAUGUACGCCGAGCUAUGUGGCAAAGACUCUGUCUGUGUGGACUGGAGAAACUCAGCUGACCUCAAAGGUCUAUGCGCAUUCACGUGCCCCAAACACAAAGUCUAUAAGGCAUGUGGGCCUAAAGUGGAAAAAACCUGCAGUACAAGAUACAAUGAGAAGUUUGUGGAGAACGAAUGUCAAAGCGAAGACUGUCAUCAAAUAUUUAUGGAAGGUUGUUACUGUCCUGAUAACUCAAAUCUAGUCAGUUCAACGACAGAUAACUGUACGGCUUACUGCGAUUGCAUUGGCCCUGAUGGAUUACCUAGAGAGCCUGGAGAUACAUGGACCUUGGGCUGUACCACAUAUACAUGUUCCAGUGAGAGCUUUGGUAUUACCACAGAGCCUAUCAGAUGUCCGGAUAUAAAGAGCUGUCCCAAGGGAUACAAAAUAACAACUAAAGACUGCUGCUCAACCUGCGACUGUGAUAGAAACCUUAAUGAAACAUGUGAAAUGACAAAUUGCCCAUUGGGAUAUGAGUUAGGACCAAAAACGGAAGAGAACUGUUGUCCCUGUGUGCCCAAAGGUGUCUGUGUUUACAAUAAAACUGAGUACCAGCCUGGAACUAAAAUCCUCACCAAACCUUGUGUGGAAUGCACCUGUGACAAGACAAAAGCCCCAAAUAAUGAUCUAUAUCCUGUGACUUGCGUUGAUAUAACCUGUGAACCUUGCGCUAAGGGUUUUGAACGAGUAGAGCAAGAAGGAGAGUGCUGUGGUACAUGUAAGCAAAUAGCCUGUGUUUUUGACGCGCCAGACAACACCAGCCGUAUCCUCAAGGUUGGAGAAUUCUACAGUGUAAAAUGUGAGAAUAUUACCUGCCAUAAAAUGAAUGACACAGUUAUGACAUCGAAGACUAUAAAAACCUGCCCUGACUUUAAAGAAGAGGACUGCGAGCAUGGAACUGUGGAAUAUGACAAAGAUGGAUGUUGCAUGAGCUGUGUGCCCAAGAACUGCGUUCGAGUGAAGAACACCACCCAUGUGACUGCAGAUAAUUGUAAAUCCAUCGAGGCUGUUGAAGUGACAUCCUGCAGUGGUCACUGUGACACCCAAUCAAUGUAUUCAAUGCAAAUGAACACCAUGAUGCGCAGCUGUUCUUGUUGCCGGGAGAUGAAAACAAGUCUCAAACAAGUGAAGAUGAAGUGUCUGGAUGGCCGCGAGAUCCUUCAUGACUACGUCUACAUUGAUAGCUGCAAUUGCACUGCUACGGACUGUGAAAAUCAGACAAAAUCUGAUUAAAAAGAUCCUUUUCAAUUUCUGCCAGAACUUGCUUUGAUUACUGCUGAUUUGAGCUCAGUGAUGAUUUAAUAAUCUGUCUCACUGAGAAGGAAAUCAACAGAAGAAGAAUAUGUAGCAACAAAGAUUGCACUACUCUGCUUUUUGUUCUUUAAACUUUUUAUCUCUCUAAAUGGGGACUCUGGGUAUUUCUGGGUCUUGCUUUAAAAUGUCUUUGGUAAUGCAUAAAAUAACUAAAUACAUUUACUGCUUAUAAAAUGAAUGAUGAAUACAAUAAAGAAAAAUAAACU